AUGGCUUCCUCGUCUGACCCCAAGCCUCCCGCCGAGCGUGCCUCCGAGGUCGUCAACUCGCUCCCUUCCUCCCCGAAUCUCGUCACGAAGACCGGAAGCGUCAUCCUCGGCACUGGUAUCUUGGCUGCCGCUAUCUCCCAGGAGCUCUAUGUGUUCAAUGAGGAGACUGUCAUCGCUGCUGGCUACCUGAUCCUCUUCACCUACAUUGCCAGGACCAUCAGGACUCCCUACAAGGACUGGGCCGAAGGCCACAUCAACCGCAUCAAGUCUGUUCUUGAGAGCUCUCGCGCUGAGCACACGCAAAGCGUCCAGGAGCGUAUUGACAACGUCAACCAGAUGAAGGAUGUCGUUGCCCUCACCCAGGGUCUCUACGCUGUCGCCAAGGAGACUGCCGUGCUCGAGUCUGAGGUCUUCGUUCAGCGCCAGAAGGUCGCCCUCGCGUCCGAAGUCAAGACCGUCUUGGACAGUUGGGUCCGCUUCGAGCAACAGCAGAAGGAGAACGAGCAGGCCCAGCUCGUCAAGACUGUUGUUGACAACGUGCUCAAGAACCUCAACGAGGAGAAGACGCAGAAGGAGGUCCUUGCCUGGGCUGUCAGCGAGGUUGAGCAGCUCGUGAAGAGCAAGGCUAUCUGA